GGAUACAAAGUCCAACGUAAUUCCACAAAUUUGAAACUUCUGUUGUUAUCGGCUGUUCUCUCUCUCACACACACAUUCUCGAUUCUAUCAAAAUUCGCAUAAAUAUAAAAGAAUAUUAACAAGCGUAUAUAUUUGAUCCCUAUGUAAUCAUGUAUAAAAAUAAUUUAUUUUGUUGUGGGAAGUAAAGGGAAAGACAAGAAAUUCAGAAAGAAAUGUCGCCGGAGAAAGUGGCGGUGGCGGUGGUGCUAGUGGUGGUGGCGGAGAUGGUGCUGGGUGACGGAGGGAAAAGCCUGUCGUGGAAUCUGCAGAGAGCGAGUCACGACGGGGUGGAGCUGAGUCAACUGAGGGACCGUGAUCUUCUCCGACACGACAGAAUCUUGCAACAAAAACCUCCUGGAGUCGUCAAUUUUGACGUUGAAGGCACCUAUGAUCCAUCUGUUGUUGGGCUAUACUAUACAAAAGUUCAACUGGGUACUCCUCCAAAAGAAUUCUAUGUGCAGAUAGAUACAGGAAGUGAUGUCUUAUGGGUCAGUUGCAAUUCUUGUAAUGGUUGCCCUACAUCCACCGAACUCGAACAGAUGAAGCUCAAGUUCUUUGAUCCGUCCAGCUCAUCGACAGCUUCACCUCUCUCAUGCUCCGACCGAAGGUGUGCUUUGGGAGCUCAGACUUCUGAGUCAGGAUGUUCAGAUCAGAAUAAAUGUGUAUACACAUUUCAGUAUGUGGAUGGUAGUGGAACAUCAGGUUAUUACAUAUCAGAUUUAAUGUAUUUCAACAAGACUGUUGGGAAUUCUUUAACUUCAAAUUCUUCUGCUCCUGUUAUUUUCGGUUGUAGCACAUCACAGACGGGGGAUCUUACCAAGUCAGAUAGGGCAGUUGAUGGUAUAUUUGGUUUUGGGCAGCAGGGCUUAUCUGUAAUUUCACAACUAUCUUCAAUCGGUGUCACCCCAAAUGCAUUCUCUCACUGCUUGAAAGGUGGCAGCCGGGGUGGUGGUACAUUGGUGCUUGGUCAGGUUGUCGAGCCAAACAUGGUUUACACUCCACUUGUCCCAUUACAGCCACAUUAUAAUGUAAAUUUGCAGAGCAUUUCUGUUAAAGGCCAGACCUUACCCAUUGAUCCAACAGUUUUUGCAACAUCAGACACCCGAGGAACAAUAAUUGAUUCUGGAACAACUUUGGCAUACCUUGCAGACGAGGCUUAUGAUCCUUUUGUUACCGCAAUUACACAGGCUGUUUCACAAUCUGUCCACCCCAUUGUUUCCAAGGGAAACCAGUGUUAUAUAAUCACCUCCAGUGUCUCGGACAUAUUUCCUCCAGUUAAUUUAAACUUUGCUGGUGGCGCAUCAAUGAUUCUAAAGCCUGAAGAUUACCUCGUACAGCAGAACUCUAUUAGUGAUGCUGCAGUUUGGUGCUUGGCCUUUCAGAAAAAUGGGGGACAGGGGAUUACAAUUUUAGGAGAUCUCGUUUUGAAAGAUAAGAUUGUUGUAUAUGAUUUGGCUGGUCAACGGAUUGGAUGGGCAAAUUACGACUGUUCGUCUGUAAAUGUGUCUGAAACCACCAGUACUGGUAAUACCGAACUUUUCAAUGCUGCACGAGUCGACAGCAGUUCGUCGCACAUUAAUCAAUGCAAACUGAUGAAGAACAGCAUCCUGGCUUGCUUCUUGCAAAUGGCCAUCUUUUGUGUUUUUACGACAUUUAUGACACCCAGGGAAUGAAUGGGAAAAAUAUAUGAUACUUUACAAGUUCCCUGUUCGAUAUUCAUCUGUAGAAGUCGGGAAGCGUGGACGAAAAGUAUUUUUCAUUGUACAAUAGUCGUAUGUUAUGAUAACAUGAGUUUUGUAAAGGAUAUAUGUUAUAAAAGUAGAGAAAUUCACAUCA